AUGUCAACAAGAGACGAAAUUUUGGAUCAAAUUGACUCUCUCCAAAACCUUCUCGACGAUGGUAUCAUGGACGAAGAGCAAUAUCAAGCAGCUAAGGACAAACUUCUCAAAAAGUUAGAAGAAAUCGAGAAUGAGGAAAAGCAGCCACCAAAGACAACAUCUACUGCUGCCUCUGCCGUUAGAAAACAAGUCUAUCAAGACGAAGAGGAUGAUCACUACAACGGAGGUGGUGGUGAUGAAGUCGACCCAUAUGAUGCCUACGAUGCUGUCGAUGAUUCAGCAGUUGGUGCAACUGGUGGUGGCGACGUCAUUGAAUCCUAUUUGGAUACUCAUGAACGAUUGUUGCAAACAAUGAAGCAAACAAAGGCCACUGAAUCAUCAAGAUGGGGUAAAUCAGGACAAGUAUUUGAUGAAACCAAACUUGCUUGGGGAAGCUAUUUGGAUACUCACGAGAAGGAUCAAAGCAGCCGAAAGGAAACCAAAUUCCGUAGUGGUGCUGCUUGGGGUAAGAGUGGUGAGAUUUACGAUGAAACCAAGCUCGAAUUCGGUUCCUAUCUCAAGAGUGAGGAAGAAAAGAAGAAACAACUUGCUGAGGAAGAAGCCAGAAAGAAGAUGGAGGCUAUUGAAGCCAUCAAGAAAAAGAAGGAAGGAGAAUUCCUUGAUCCUCGAACAUCUAAAUUCAAGCUCGCUGAAUUGCAAGGUAAAUUCCCUAAGGGUGUUGAUCCAACCAAGAAGGAACUCUAUCUCUCUGCUGAAGAUUUCAAGACUCACUUUGGUAUGACUUUGGCUGAGUAUAUCAAGUUACCACCUGUUCAAAAGAAGAAACUCAAGAAGAACCUCAACUUGUUCUAA